GAGCCCAGGUGUCCCUUCCUGCCACAUAGUGCACCGCCCCUUUCCCCGCCCGCUCCCGCGGUGGUGCUGGCGCUCCCGCCGCCGGCCGCGGGGAUGGACUGCAGCACAAAGGCGCGGGCCCGCUGAGGUCAACUGUAUUACUAGAGAAGAGAAGAGCUGCAGAAAAACUCAAGUACUUACACGUUGUUACCUGGAGUCUGGUGGAUGUGAUGCUGGCGGUGCUUCAGCCCCGCUGUCGAGGCUCUCUGCCCUGAGCUCACGCUGUGGCUCCCCUCUCCUGGGAAACUUCCAGUAGCAACCAUUAAAUUUUCAAUCCUUCUGCAACCUCAGGCAGGAAGGUUAUAAACAUCCAGCAGGGGAAGCCUUCCAUCCACAGUGUUGAAGCAUGAGUGCUGAUGCCAGCCAGGUGGUCAUCACUACUCCUCCCCCGGCCACGAUGCCUCACAAAGAGCGGUAUUUCGAUCGCAUCAACGAGAAUGACCCAGAGUAUAUCCGUGAGAGAAACAUGUCCCCUGACCUGAGACAGGACUUCAAUAUGAUGGAGCAGAGGAAGAGGGUCACCCAGAUACUGCAGAGCCCUGCUUUUAGAGAAGAUCUGGAAUGCCUUAUUCAAGAACAGAUGAAGAAGGGCAAUAACCCCACUGGACUGCUUGCAUUACAGCAGAUUGCUGAAUACAUUACAGCGAGCACUUUUACAGGUUUUUCCUCAUCUUCACUCAGCCAUGGAAUGAUUACACCCAUCAAUGACCUACCUGGGGUAGAUACCUCCUCGUUUGUUAAGGGAGAAAAACUUACUCGUUGCAAGUUAGCCAGUUUAUAUAGAUUGGCUGACUUGUUUGGGUGGGCACAUUUGCCAAAUACCUAUAUCACAGUAAGAGUAAGCAAAGAACAUAACCACAUUCUAAUCAUUCCAAGAGGGCUGUCCUUUUCUGAAGCUUCAGCUUCUAAUUUGGUUAAAGUGAACAUCCUAGGGGAUGUAGUGGACCAGGGAAGCACAGCUCUCAGUAUUGACAGUGUGGGCUUCAGCCCACAUGUGGCCAUCUACUCCACCCGCCCCGACGUCAGAUGUGUCAUACACAUACACACCCCUGCCACGGCUGCUGUUUCUUCUAUGAAGUGUGGCAUCCUUCCCAUAUCACAAGAGGCUCUGAUUCUGGGAGAUGUUGCUUAUUACAACUACCAAGGAUCUCUUGAUGAACAGGAAGAGAGAAUUCAGCUUCAAAAAGUUCUUGGACCCAGUUGCAAGGUGUUAGUCUUGAGAAACCAUGGUGUGGUAGCACUAGGAGAGACACUGGAAGAAGCAUUCCACUAUAUUUUCAAUGUGCAACUGGCCUGUGAAACACAGGUUCAUGCAUUAGCUGGAGCAGGUGGGAUAGACAAUCUCCUACUACUGGAUCUGCAGAAGUUCAAGCCUUCCACACAUGCUGUGGCAGCAAUGGGAGGAGGUGGAGUUAAUAUGGCUUCACAACAAAAAUGGAAAGUUGGGGAGCAAGAAUUUGAAGCACUCAUGAGAAUGCUGGACAACCUGGGAUACAGAACUGGUUAUGCCUAUAGGCAACCAUUAGUCAGGGAAAAACCCAGACAUAAGAGUGAUGUUGAGAUCCCAGCCACUGUGACUGCCUUUUCCUUUGAAGAUGAUACAGUCCCACUUUCCCCCCUGAAAUUCCUUGCACAGAGGCAACAGAGAGAGAAGACAAGAUGGCUGAAUUCUCCAAACACAUACUUGAAAGUUAAUGUGCCUGAGGAGUCCUGGAAUGGGGAAACCAGUCCCAGGACUAAGAUCACGUGGAUGAAAGCUGAUGACUCCUCCAAGACUAGUGGAGGAACGCCAAUCAAAAUUGAAGAUCCAAACCAAUUUGUUCCUCUAAACACAAACCCAAGUGAAGUGUUGGAAAAGAGAAAUAAGAUAAGGGAACAAAACCGAUAUGACCUAAAGACAGCAGGACCUCAGUCGCAGCUGCUCGCAGGGAUUGUUGUGGAUAAAAAGCCAAGUUCACCAAUGCAGUUUGAUGAUGAGCACGCGCCACCGGCACCACCCAACCCAUUCAGCCACCUCACUGAAAAGGAGCUGGAAGAGUACAAGAAAACCAUUGAGCGCAGGCAGCAGGGGUUGGAAGAAAAUCAUGAGGAUUUCUACACCCAGAAUGCCAACCUAAUAUCUGUGGAGAUGCCAGUUGUGGUGGUGAACGGGAAGGAAGAUGCACAUGACACGGAAGAAGAUCUCACCAGGAGGGUCAGUCAGUUAACCAUGAGUACUGUGGAGAGCGUAGAGAUUACCAUUAAAGGCUCUGAAAAGAUAGAAGAGGCCCUGUCCCCUGAAGGGUCGCCUUCCAAAUCCCCUUCAAAGAAAAAGAAGAAAUUCCGCACCCCAUCCUUCCUGAAAAAGAGUAAAAAGAAGGAGAAGGUAGAAGCGUAAGUGCAGUUCUGUUGUGAGGAGACAUUGCACAUUUUAAACAUUUAAGUUGACCAUUAACGGCGUAGCGUUAGGGGUGUGCAGUAACUGGACUUUUAACCUAAACAAGUAGAAACUGGAAGAGGUUUUGCUUUAAAGAAACCAAACAAAGAGGCAAACAAACAAAAAAAGCCUUUCAUGUUAAUUGCAAAUUAAUUCAUCUCUCACUUAGCUGUGUACAAAAUUGCUAUGAGGGUUGGAAACAUUGAUUAGUUUCAUGUAGAACUACACUGGCAGGUGCUCAAUUACCAUCAUAGCAAGGUCAAAUACCAUCACAGUAUGCAGCAGCAAGUUCUGCUUGGAGUAUUUUGCAGGCCUGAAAAUUUUCAGUACAGUUAAAGUCUUUAUUAAAGUUACUGUUGAGUGAUCAUAUGACUUUUUAAAACUGCUGUCUCAUUUGGAAACAAGAUCAUACAUUUUUGUAUUGUGGUUUUUGACCAUAUAUUUUAUGUUCCUGUACCCCUGUUUGACUGGGUACGUAUUAACAGCACACCUUUACAUCUUUUUUAAGAUUAGCUCAUAUAAAAAUAUUAUACACUGGCACAUAAUACUAGGGGAAAAACUGUGUAAGAGAAAGUUUAUUUGGAAUUAUACAAAAUGUCUAAAGAAUUCCAUUAUUCAAUAACUUUUUUGCCAAAUAUUUCAUUUUAGUGAAAUAUAAUUUUUGAAGACUUCUUUUUUAUUCUAUCAGUUGGGGCGGGGGAAACCCUUAUUUUUCAAGAAGGGGGAUUUUAUACACUUAACAUUGAUAAUUUAGUUUAACUGGCAAAACAAAAAGAAGAUUUUAUAUGUUCAAAUGUUUGUAUACCAUUCAGUAUAAAGGUAUUAUAAGCAUGUGAACCAAGCAUUUAAUAGUUAGAGUGUAUUUAAGAAUGCUUGGUUUAGAGUAUACUUAAUAUAGUUCAGGAAUCCAGGGAGUUCAAAAUCAAAGGAUAAAAGCAUAUAAAAUUGAACUGGAUUCAUGUUUAAAAAUUAUUUGUGGGUUGUUCUUUUUCUCUUUCAUGGUAUUGCUAAUGAAUGAAGAAAAAUAAUCUCUUAACAUAACCAAAUGAAGGAAACAAAAAUGUUAAAAGGGAAAGUGAAAUAGUAGGGAAAUAGGAGGAGACAAAGAAAGUAAAAGUUCGGUGAUUAUUUUUUUUAAAUAUAUGAUAUGGAUUGCGGGAUAUUUUUAUUAAAUCAGCAGAGUGACAUUUCCAUAUUAGAUGUUUUAAAUAAUUUGUAUGGAUUCAUGCAGAGUGCAACACUUUGGGUUUUUUCUUCAGUUUCAUUCAAAUUGUAAAAGGGUCUCGUGAAUCUGUGUUGUCCUUUGGAUGAACCCAGAGCAAAUCAGAGCCUAGUGCCAUGGGUAAGGGUGGUACUGCCACUUACUCAUUUUUACUUGUGUUGUCAUUUUAGUACUUUUACUGUAUUGUAAAUACAAACUAAACAUAGAAAUUAACAUAGGGGUUUCUUCACUGUGUCAAAUGUCUGUAAAUCAGUCAUCACAAUAAGAAGUACAUCUUUUAAGAUCCAUGUGAUUCCCAAAUUACCGGUUGAAAUAUUAUACAAUAUAUAAUUGUUAAAUAUGGCUGGAGAGUGGUUUGGCAUGCAAAAAUGUUGAUUAUAGCAUGUUCAGGGGCUGGUUAGCUUUGACCGUGUAAGUGUGAUAAUGCAAUGUUGGAAUGGAUCCUGGAAACAAUUUUCUAGCUGUCACUAAAUACUGGAAUCAGUGUUUUUAAUCAUAGUGGAAACUUUCAGUUGCUUACUUUGUUUUUUAUGUUCUACAUUAUUUGUGUUGUAUUACAACAUAUGUAGAAACAGUAACCUGUGAACUACGCUUUUCAUAACUUUUUUAAAAAUAUAUCUAAAUGAAUGCAAUGUGCAUAAAUAUUUUUUAAAAUGCAACCGUGAACUAUUUGCACCUUUUGCUAAUGCCUCUAUUUACUUGCUUUGGCAUAAAGAAUGAGCCAGCCAACUCUUGUGUCCUGUGGAAAAUAUAUAAAUGUUAUCUGAAAUUGCUCAUAGAUGUAAUGCUAAUUAAUGUUAAAUCACAAAUAAACAGUAUUUUAAAUAGA